AUGAGGGUUCUGGCAGUACUAUGGACAGUGUGUCUAGUGAGACUAUGCAGUGCAGGUUGCUUUGGUUGUUUUGGAAAAGGUAAAACGAAUGACAGAGUUACUGUUCAAGCAGUACAAGGAGGUUCCAGGGAAGCAUCUACAGGGAAUCUUAGGAGUCCACCUCAAAAACCUGUAAAUUUCCCAAACGAUAAAACUCUGGAGCAAGUUAAAGACAAAGAGGUUCAGGAACUCAACAAGCCUGCCAGAGAUGUUUCCGGACGCAGCUCUGUUACCACUACUGGUUCAUCUCUCGAGGAUGCAGAGAAGCCACUCAGUUCACAAACUACUACCACACUUCCAAGGUCCAGAUACACAGAUCUUUCGAGAGCUCCUCAAACUCGUGAUUCUGGUGAAACGGUUACUGCUCAAGGUGGAACUUCAUCUACUGUCGCCACAAGGACUGGUACUAAUUCUGAAGUUGAUGAAGAACAACACUCUUAUGGUGCUAGUCAAUCUAGUGGAAAUAGUUCUAGAUCUCCUCAAAAACCUGUUGAACAACCAAAUCAGACGGCUACAUCAACUCCACAGGUCCCUCCGUCUCCUGCAAAUACUACUUCCUCUAUUACUUCCCAAGCAGGCGCUCCUAAACCUACCACUCCCAUUACUCUUGACCUUUCUAACCCUGAUAAAUCAAAGGUAAAUAUGGACAUAAAAGAUAGUAAUGGAGUAGUAUUCAGUGAAAUUACCCCUAAGGAUACUUCCAAGAUUACUACUGUUGUUGACGGUCCGACUUCGAUAUGGACCGCUUCUGGAAAGGAAGAGUUUGUAUUCGUAAAGCAUCAUAAAAAGGGAGACUCUAUUCUCCUUACAAUACUUUUAAAGGAUGAUAAUGGAUAUACCGAUAAGUACUUUGAAAAGAAUAGCAGUAACUGGAAUGAGAUAAAGCAGGAUGAAUUUAAUGGUAAACUUGCGACACUUAUGGGAGAAGUUUUAGACCUUUCUAACCCGGAUACCUCCAAGAUACUUGUGCAUACAGAAAAUGCGUCUGGACUAUCCUUCCAGGGGUAUUAUCCAAAGGAUACUUCCAAGAUUACAUCCGUUGUUGAUGCCAAUAAGGAACUAUGGAAUGGUGGAGCCAAUGAUCGUUGCCUUUCUUGUCUUAUAUAUAAGAAGGGGUCUAUGGAAUUACUUAAGAUAGUUGUAGUAGAGAAAAAUUCAAUUGCCUAUAAAUAUUUUGAGAAGAAUGCUGAUGGUGGCUGGAAGGACCUCCAACAGGAAGAGUUUGACAAGAAGCUAAAAGAUCUCAAGAGUGAGGUAUAUGUCUUGAGAGUACUUCCACAACUUGCUUAUUAG